CAGCCGCAAGGAAGGCGCGGGGGAGGCGAGCGGGAGCCGGAGCCCCAGCGGCAGCCACUGUUGGCAAAGAGCAACCGGGCGCAGCCAGAGCCGGAGCCGCAGCCGCGAUGGCCGUGGCCGUGGGGAGACCGUCUAAUGAAGAGCUUCGAAACUUGUCCCUUUCUGGCCAUGUGGGAUUUGACAGUCUUCCUGACCAGCUGGUCAACAAGUCUACGUCUCAAGGGUUCUGUUUCAACAUCCUGUGUGUCGGUGAGACGGGCAUCGGCAAGUCCACGCUAAUGGACACUUUAUUCAACACCAAAUUUGAAAGUGACCCAGCUACUCACAAUGAACCAGGUGUCCGGUUAAAAGCCAGAAGUUACGAGCUUCAGGAAAGCAAUGUCCGGCUGAAAUUAACCAUCGUGGACACCGUGGGAUUUGGAGACCAGAUAAAUAAAGAUGACAGCUACAAGCCAAUAGUGGAGUACAUCGAUGCCCAGUUUGAGGCCUACUUGCAAGAGGAACUGAAGAUCAAACGUUCUCUCUUCAACUACCACGACACCAGGAUCCACGCUUGCCUCUACUUCAUUGCCCCUACUGGGCAUUCACUGAAGUCCCUGGACCUGGUCACCAUGAAAAAGCUGGACAGUAAGGUGAACAUCAUUCCAAUAAUUGCAAAAGCUGACACCAUUGCCAAGAAUGAAUUGCACAAAUUCAAGAGUAAGAUCAUGAGCGAACUGGUCAGCAAUGGAGUCCAGAUAUAUCAGUUCCCUACAGAUGAAGAGACAGUGGCAGAGAUUAAUGCAACAAUGAGUGUCCACCUGCCCUUCGCAGUGGUCGGCAGCACUGAAGAGGUGAAGAUCGGCAACAAGAUGGCCAAGGCCAGGCAGUACCCGUGGGGUGUGGUGCAGGUUGAGAAUGAAAACCAUUGUGACUUUGUGAAACUUCGGGAGAUGCUGAUCCGCGUGAACAUGGAAGAUUUGCGAGAACAGACUCACACCCGCCACUAUGAGUUGUAUCGGCGCUGUAAGCUCGAGGAGAUGGGGUUCAAGGACACGGACCCCGACAGCAAGCCCUUCAGUCUUCAGGAGACAUAUGAAGCAAAAAGGAAUGAAUUUCUGGGAGAACUUCAGAAGAAAGAAGAAGAAAUGAGACAAAUGUUUGUGAUGAGAGUGAAGGAAAAAGAAGCUGAACUUAAAGAGGCAGAGAAAGAGCUCCACGAGAAGUUUGACCUCCUCAAGCGGACACACCAAGAAGAGAAGAAGAAAGUGGAAGACAAGAAGAAGGAGCUGGAGGAGGAGGUGAACAACUUCCAGAAGAAGAAAGCAGCAGCGCAGUUACUACAGACCCAGGCCCAGCAGUCUGGGGCCCAGCAAACCAAGAAAGACAAGGAUAAGAAAAACUUCUUCUUUAUGUAACCAUCCUGUUGCCAAGCCCUACUCUCUCCUAAUGGACAGCAUUAGAAGAGCAGGAGCUGUCUGUUCACACGUGUGGGGAAGAGUUACCUCAUCUCCACCAUCGCCUCCUUUUCUUUCAAAGUCUGGGUCAAAUAUUUCACUGCUGUUUGUAUUUGUCAAUGUCUGUUUACAAACCACUACCCAAAGUGGUUACUAAAGUGACUUAUCACUACCAAAAAGUUAUACUAAAGAGGAAAUUGAGUGCAUCAGAGAACUGGGGCAGAGACCCAAGGUAGCCGUGUCGGGAUCCUGUUGCUUAGCUGUCAGGUUCUUGAAGCUGCUAUCCGAGAACUCAUGGACUGAAGACAGCACGCACCUGAUCUCUGAGGUGGCCGCCACCUCCAGGGUCCCCAGACUUGAUCUCAUGUUAACUCCAGACCUCUCUGUCCCAUGCAUGACAUUCUGAACAACCCCCUCAGGACCCUCAACCAUCAGAUCUGGGCAACAUAUUCCUUCCCUGUUAGUUUUAUGGGUUUUGGAGUUUUGUUUUUCUUAAACAUUUGGUAUUGCAUGAACAGAGAUGGCUGCAUCUUUUAUUAUUUGGUGUGUUCUAUUGAUACAGUGUUUUUAUUUUUCAGCUGACGACCUGCCUCUUGAGAGAGAGAAGUGGGCAUCCUUCCUUUAAAUUCAGGAACCACUGGUGUUUUGACUUUUUUUCCGUUACUGCAUCCCUUAUAUAAGUUGUUUGGGAUUGUUUUGGGAAAAAAUGCCAGUUAGCCAGUUCUGCUUUAUUUAUUGGUUAUUCAACUCCGUUUUGAUAUCAAAAUUAAGCUAGUUUUAAGCUCAAGGGGCAAUUUAAGUGAAGUCACAGAAUUCUCUUUAAAAU